GUGGUUACGCGUAACACGAGAGCAUCAACCAACCAUGACGCCACUGCCUCAAAGCCACUCCACCACUCUCAACGGCCUCCUAUCCUUCCCUCCAAAUCCACCAAAAUCCAAACAAAAUCUCAUUCCUCCCAAACACCAAGUUCUUCAACACCGAAUCACGGUUUCUCGCAGAGAUUUCGCAUCGCUCUCGUUCCUCGCUCUCCUGCCCUCCCUCUCUCCGGUCGCUCCUGCCUCUGCUUUCUCCAUCGGCAUUUCAGGACCGAAGGAUUGGUUGAAAGGGCAAAAGAAGAAUGCCUCCAAGUUCGUUUUAGCCCCAAUCGACGCCUCGCGAGAAAUCCUUCGCUCUGCCUAUGUCUUACUCACGGCUAGGGAUUCUGAAUAUUCGGCUAAGGACUUGGAGGAACUGCAAGGGCUAUUGAGGUCGGCCGCUAGGGACUGCGUUCCCGAGGAUAGGAAUUCUUUUGUUAGCUUUCAAGCCAGCACGGGAGUUGAGGUUUGCACCUUCCGAUUGGUUGUGAAGAAUGCGUCCUCAUUGCUUGAUAACAAGGAUCCUGUGAAGUUGGAAGCCGAAGCUAUGUUGAAUGAUCUUAUAAGAUCUUUCACUUCUCUUAAUGGUCUAGCCAGCGAAACUGACAUUCAACUUGCUUCCAGUAGACAGAAGGUAGCAGUUGCACUCAUGGAUACCAUAUCUUUCCUUGACAAGUUUGAGCAGGGAAUUAAAGAAUGCCUUGAAGCUUGACCAUUAUGAUAUGACUAAAAUAUUCUGGUGUAUAUUGUACUCAAAGGUUUUGCAGCUUGUCUGUUGAACUUGGAAGAUGGUGGACGUAUGUCCAUAUUGACUUGAUCUUUGCUGUCCUGUUGUUUUUCACCUUCCUAUGUCUUCUUUCCCCAUGAUCUCAUUAUUUGUUGUCCCGCGACUCCAUUUUUCUGUAGAGGCAAGAUACUUGUAAUGAAGUAUUAUUAUUGGAAGGAAGUUGGUGUUAGUUUCCCUUGCUUCACCUGUUGAAGUAAAUUUCUCUGGAAUGAUUAUUGUG